AUGGAGAGAUGUGGAAGAAGCUCUAGAGACAACAACAUCAACAGCAGCAACAACAACAAGGUUAGGGAACCAUGGGGUUAUAGCCAAGUGGGAAAAGGGAACACUCCUUGCAGUGGCUUGAUAGGAGGGUUCUCAUGGCCUCCAAGGUCAUAUACCUGUAGCUUUUGCAAGAGGGAAUUUAGGUCAGCUCAGGCUCUUGGGGGCCACAUGAAUGUCCAUAGAAGGGAUAGAGCUAGGUUGAGGCAGUCUCCACCAUGGGAUCCCCCACUUUCUAACCCUAACCCUAACCCUAACCCUAAUCUGCCUGGUACCUUUAUCCCUAACCUUAAUGUUUCACCUUCUAUUGCUAGUGAUCCUAAGCUCUCUCCAAGGACCCAUAGAUUCCCCUCUCUUCUGUCUCCUCUCACCCACUUCUCUUCCUCGUCAUCUUCGAUCUACUCGACUGAACUGUUCUGCUCGAGAGGUGGAGAUUUGAGGGGCAUGGAGACAGUCGAGGGGGUUGAAGAGUUGAGAGAUAUUGUGGAGGAAGGCACGGAUGAUGUGUUGAGGAAGGAAACGGAGCUUGUGAGACUGGACUUGGAGAUUGGAACUUGUGGUGAUUCAGAGGAAGAUGAUUUGGAUUUAGAGCUUCGACUUGGAUUCACUUGA